AUGGGUGUGUGUCUCCGUGUGGGUGUCGUCCGACCCAAGAAGCCCAACUCUGGCGAGCGCAAGACUGCUCGUAUCAAGCUCUCUACCGGCGCUUUGAUUACCGCCUACAUUCCUGGUGAGGGACACAACAUUCAGCAGCACAGUGUUGUUCUUGUGAGAGGCGGCCGAGCGCAGGAUUGUCCCGGUGUGCGAUACCGUCUCAUUCGAGGAGCUCUGGAUCUGGGCGGUGUUGCCAGCCGAACAACAAGUCGAAGCAAGUUUGGUACCAAGAAGCCCAAGAAGGCCACUGUCGGUUAA